AAUUUUGACUAUUAUUUAUCUUCCAAGCGUUUUUGUGAUAUUGACGGGCACAUGUUUUCGGAUUUUGACAUUUUAGAGGGGUACUAGUUGUAGAUAGUAAAGAUGCACAAAAGUUAUCAGUCGAUAUUGCCGACCCACAAUAAGCUCCUCCAGAAGCGAUGGGACACAACAUAUUACGAUGAACACAGGAGAAAGGUGCGGACUGCAGCUCCAAUGGUUGACACAAAGGCACCUCCCACGUACAUGCACCUUCACCUGAAACUCAAAAAACUACAAUUAGAAGAAGAACGACUAGCGACGAUAGAAAGAGACAACCGAAUCUUACUAGAAAAAAUGUCUUACAUAAUGAGGACUAGAGGUCGGGUAGACAAUAGGAAUAUGUACGAAUAUAAAAGUUUAAACAAGGAGAAGCGACAACGUGAGUUAUUACGCGUCACUAAGGAGAACCAGGCUAUUCUACAGCGAGUCACCAUGAGACAGCCGGAAUACAGUGCCAAACGGUGGGCAGAUAUCUGGGACGAGGAACAGAAAUUCAUUGAUAACAUCAGCCACUACCCCAAAAACUGGUGGCUCAUGAAGAAGGAGAGGACCAAGUCGAAACUUGAAAGUCGAUCUCAGAAAACACGAUCUAGUAAAGACCAAGACAGGCUGGAUGAGACAGAGGAGGAGAAAAAAGAGGAGGAGAAAACUGAACUGAAAGAGAAGAAGCAGGAAAAGCCAGUCGAGAAAAAAGAGGAGAAGACAGAGUUAAAGGAGAAGAAGACUCAGGAGAAGAAGGAGGAGCCUAAGAAAUCGACGUCCCCCGCGGAGCAGGCCGAAUCACCAACAAAAUCCAAUGAGGAAAAUCAAGACAAAAUCGCUGAAUAAGUAUUCAACACAGACUAGAAAUAAAUCAACUUGUUCAGAGGAAACCAAAUAACUUGUUCAUCUGACACCUGUAAUUGAAAAUAUUGAAUUUGAAAACGAGGUACCAUAAAAAAGAUUAAAUGUCGAAUUUGGAAAGUAUGUUUUUGUUCAAAGACUGUCAGAAGCUGCCAAACUGGUGUCUUAAAUCUAAGUAUUAUUCAUCUAUUGAGUUUUUUGUAUUUGAUCACUGGAAAAUAUUUAUAUAAAUAGACUAAUGUAAAUGGAUUAUAUCCCCUUGUUUUUAACAAAACAGCUGACUUUUACUAGCUAGAGUACAUAUUACCUCAUUGACAAGAUAUAUUGUGAGUUCUAUUAUGAAUACAAAAGGGUACUUAAUUAGUGUUUCUGAUCAACGUUUAUUACGAA